GUCGCUCAGUCUCGUCCGUAUCUCCGCGCGCGUCGCACGUCCGUGUAGUUUCAUGUAGUUCUGUGUUGUUCUGUGCAUUGUGUCUGUUCCGUUUGUUGUGUUGUGUUUGGUUGGUUUGAUGGAACACAGAUGGAACACCACAAACUGUGAUAUCGAUGUUGUAACUGUUGUGAAAAUAAGAUAGUUAGACUGUGUUUUAGAGGUUUAAGAUUGAAGCAUAAUGGAGGAAACCGAGGAGGAGGAGGUUUCCAAGAACAAGCAAAGUGUCGCGGUGAAACAAACUCAGGAGACGUUUGAAGCAGCAGGUGUUCGAACGACCAGAAUAGUUCGUACUACGGUGCGGACGACUAGUUCAGUUUCGGACAUUUCAUCGUCGAAUGUGUCUACCGCUAGCUUGACAAAAAGAUUCGCUACUAGCCUCGACGAAUCUAGCACUCUAGGUAAGAUCAGUGGUGCGUAUGAACCGUCGUACGAGCCACGUUCAAUAUCAGCAUCGUCUCUCAACAAGUCCCCGAAGGCCUCACCUGAUAGAAAUCUACGAGAAGAGAUAACAAUCCAAGAACUGGGAAAAGGCGGUGGAGACAAAAAGGUGUACAGAACAACAGCUUUGCUCGAUCUUGGGAAAUCAAUACAAAGACAGCCAUCAGUCUUGAAAUCCGACUCCAUUAGAGAAGAAUGUGACAACAAUGUGAUAAUAACCGAACCUGACGACAAUAAAGAAGGGUCACUCGAUAAAAGCGAGGACUCUUAUCCGAAUUCAGAAGAACUUACCAAAUCAAGCCAAGAAGAUUUGCCCAAGGGCUUUUUAGUAGCUGAAGAUAGAAACCUCUCACAUAGUGCUUUUCAAGCUUUAAGUAGAAGCCAUGGUAGUUUAGACGAAACGAAACUCAACAUAACAGAACAGAAAUCACUGGAAAAUCUUACAGUCGGGGGAAGAAGGCAGGUCUUGAGAGGAGGCAUCUUAGAGGAAGAAUCCACAGAGGUCUCUGGCACAAGAGGAAUGCUACUAAGAUCUAACACUGGCCAAGAAAACAGACAGCAAUGGCUAACAGCAGAUACUGGAGCUGCAAAUGUCAACAGUAGAUCUAUGGAGAGUCUUAGAGAACACAGAGCUAGCUUCAUAACUAGGUCUGAAAAAGACGUUAGAGGAGUAGCUUCUGCCUCGGUAGAAGCUAGGUCACUGGAAAGUUUGGAAAAAGAAAUAAGAAUGAUGAGCAACAGAUAUAGAAGAACGGUGUCUGGGGAAGAGGUCAGUAGUGACUGCAGUUCACCUGCUGAAAAGAAGAGAGGAUUGUUUGCCUCCGGUAGAGCAGCCGUGCCGUCCCAUUUGUCUCUCAUGCCUCCAGAGUUCUGCAAUCGUCGACUUACUAUCUUGUCUCCUCACAGUCCCAUGAUACAGAAUCUUCCUACACCUGGAGGAUCAUACAACACGUCUGAGAUGUGGCAGUUUACCACGCAAACACUCAAGACCAGACGAAAGAAAGCGGUCGUCCUUCCCAAACUCGUUCUUCCAGGGUCUACUGAGGAAUUCUUUACUGGUUUCGACGUGGAAAAUGGCGCUUCCCCGGGCAGGUCGCCGCUGGACGGUGGGGCUUCGCCCUCCGCGGGCCUCGUGCUCCAGAACCUACCCCAGCGGCGCGAGUCCUUCCUCUACCGCUCCGACUCCGACUUCGAGAUGUCGCCCAAGUCCAUGUCCAGGAACUCCAGCAUCGCCAGCGAGAGAUUAAAGGAGGCCGAACCAGUUAUAGAGAGACCCCAUGGCGAGGACCUCAUCGUUACUCCCUUCGCCCAAAUCCUGGCAAGCCUUCGCUCCGUUAGGAACAACUUCGUCAGCCUCACCAAUGUGCCCCAAAAACAGUCCCGAAGGUCGUCGGGUGCGACGGGGGGGACGACGCCUCAAGUUCGGAACCUGACGCCUGGUGAUGAUGCUUACAUGAAGCUAUCAGUAGAGACUAUAGAAGAGUUGGACUGGUGUCUGGACCAACUAGAGACCAUCCAGACCCAUCGGUCCGUCUCUGACAUGGCGUCUCUCAAGUUCAAGAGGAUGCUGAACAAAGAGUUGAGCCACUUCUCAGAGUCCAGUAAAUCGGGCAACCAAAUAUCUGAGUAUAUCUGCUCCACCUUCCUCGACAAGCAGCAGGAGCUGGACUUGCCGUCACUGCGGGUAGAUGAAGGGUCGGGGGUGAGCAGUAAUACAGCCCAAACUACCAAGAAGAAGGAAAAGGGAGGUCGAGUGGUGCCUAUGUCACACAUUAGCGGUGUAAAGAGGCCCCUUACACACACCAACAGCUUUACUGGGGAGAAGACACCAAAGUAUGGAGUCGAAACACCUUUUGAGGACGAGUUAGGGAAGUGCUUAGGAGAAAUAGAUAAAUGGGGCAUUGAUAUAUUUAGGAUAUCUGAACUAUCGAACAACCGACCUCUGACAGCGGUGGCGUAUGCAGCAUUUACAAACCGGGAAUUGUUAAAAACGUUUAUGAUCCCAGCAAAAACGUUCAUCCAGUUCAUGAUGACCUUAGAAGACCAUUACGUCAAGGACAAUCCCUUCCACAACAGCACGCACGCGGCCGACGUUACCCAGUCUACCAACGUUCUGCUCAACUCUCCUGCUCUCGAGUCUGUGUUCACCCCUCUAGAAAUCAUGGCGGCGUUAUUUGCUGCGACUGUUCAUGAUGUUGAUCAUCCAGGACUUACCAAUCAAUUUCUCGUUAAUUCAAGUUCCGAAUUAGCUCUGAUGUAUAAUGAUGAAUCUGUUCUGGAAAACCACCACUUAGCUGUUGCGUUUAAACUUUUACAAAAUGAUGGAUGUGAUAUUUUAAUGAAUCUUAGUAAAAAACAGAGACAAACGCUUAGGAAAAUGGUUAUAGAUAUGGUAUUAUCAACGGAUAUGUCAAAACACAUGAGUUUGCUGGCAGAUCUCAAAACUAUGGUAGAAACUAAGAAGGUGGCUGGUUCAGGGGUGUUAUUGUUAGAUAACUACACGGACAGAAUUCAGGUGCUGGAGAACCUGGUACAUUGUGCAGAUCUGAGCAACCCCACCAAGCCUCUGUGGCAGUAUAAGAAGUGGGUCGCGCUGCUUAUGGAGGAGUUCUUCCAACAAGGGGACAAGGAGCGAGAGGCCAACAUGGACAUCAGUCCUAUGUGCGACAGACACAACUCCACCAUCGAGAAGUCCCAGGUUGGGUUCAUCGACUACAUCGUACAUCCUCUAUGGGAGACGUGGGCAGACCUUGUACAUCCUGAUGCUCAGGAUAUCCUAGACAUGCUGGAGGAGAACAGAGACUGGUACCAGAGUAUGAUCCCGCCCAGUCCUCCUCCGUCAGAGGCGCAGGAGGUUGAGGGAGGACAGGAAGGGGACGGGGACGCGGGGGGAGGCCAAAUAAGGUUCCAAGUUACGCUAGAGGAGGGGGAAGGAGAGGAGGCGGAGUCUCAAGGAGGAAUGUGACGGAAACUCAUGGGACUUUGUAAGAAACUAACAGAGAAGGUGUCGCUAUGGUGGGGAGGAGCGGACUUUCGCAGUUGAACCUCUGCCGGACAGAUUACUGUAGCCUCUCUCCUCAACUCUUUGUUUUGUUAUGUUUGUUAAUUUAUUUGUUUUUGUUAAAAAAAUAAUCUUAUCGACUUUAUCUGAUGUUGAAUAUUUUUAUUCAAAAUACAGUGAAAUCUUCAUUAACCGUACCUCAUCGGACUAGGACAGUGAAGGUUUAUUUAAUGGAUUACAGAAAUUAUAAAUAACAAUAGUUUGGAAUUAUAAAGAUUUCUGAAUAAAAUUACACACUAUAUGUGAACUAAUAUAUUAUCAUUUUAUUUACAGGAUAUUUAUGCUGGUGCUGAUACUUAAUUUUUUUUACCUGUGGUAUGUCAAAAACCUAGAAAACAUUUUAAAAUCAUAAUUUUUGAGGUGACAAAUAACAGAUGUUGAUGGAGAAAAGAGUGACGAUUAAUUGAGAUUGCACUGUAGCUCAAUUUUGACAGAGUGAUCAAAGACUCUAAUGAAUGGAAAAACUUUUCACGACAUAUUAUGGAAAAACUUGAUCAAAUCUACAAUACAAUCUUGUAUAAAAAUAUGUUUGUUACGUACUAUUUAAAAAAAUCUAUGAUUUACACACUUGUAAAGCUUUAUUCUAAAUUGAAUAGUCAUUAAUUUAUAUUUUAUUAAAAAAGCAUUGAACUGGUCAAUAUUCUUAUGUGGUAAAAUGUUUUGUAUAACUUUUUAAGUCAGUGCAAACACCUGAAACCAAAAUACUGUUCUAAAAGAACCAAAGGUCUAAUCAUAUAGUUAUGUUCAUUGGAAAUGUAUUUUUCCAACAAUUGACCAUUUUGCUGACUAAGCAAUUUUAUUUUAAUUAAUAAUAAUUAAUUUUAUAUUAACAGUUUUAAGAAAACCAACAAUUCAUAUUUUGCUUAAAUUGAUAUAAUCUGAAAUAGAUUGUUCUCUGUUUAUUUCUAAACCCCUGGAUUUCUUCCCAAGAACUAUUCUUGGUACCUAAAUGAUAAAAAUACCACUAAUGUUUUUCUAUUACCAAGGACUUUGUUUGGUCUAAGAAAGGGAAAAGCUACAGUAACUCUCCCUACAAUCAAUCAGUCUGGAAGGAUUAUCAUCAAAAGAUAUUAAGUUUCUUUUACGUUUGGAGGGACAAGUAAUAAUUAGUUCAAGUCAAUUUUUAAACAUUUUUACAAGGUGUACCUGUUACCGAACCAGUAGUAUAUUUUUAAUAACCAUAAAUUAAGUGAUGUAAAAAUAAAAUUGACAUUUAUGUAUUUGUGUCAAUAAUUUUAAAUAAAAAGUUCACGAUUAUGUUGUAUAAUUUUCAAAAAAUCAUGUAAAUAUGUAUGUAAGUAGCUCACGAUGUCUACGAAUACACUUUGAUGGUGCUGAAUAAAAUCCAAAGAUAUUACGAGAUACGUUUUUGUUGAGACCGAUUUCUUUCGGUGCGACAAGACAUCCAUGGAGAGAUCCACCAGUUGAGAUUGUGUAUUGGGUCGACAGAUAAAGCCGCUUUCACCAAACGGUCUAAAAGACUUGAACAAGGUGACUGCAUAUUUAUUUUGUUUUCAGGCAUACAGUAAAAAUCUGAGUUAGGUCAUUAUUAGCAAUACGUUAGCUUAGAGUGUAAAAACGGAAACAAGAUACUGAACUUUUCAUGCUACAGUAUUGAUAGUGAUUGUCAUUAAAUGUUGUCUAGGGCAUAAUGUGAUUUAGUUGCACUCGUAACGUGUAUGUAAUAUUUUGCAAUGAAAUGAUAGCUGGUUCUGUCAUGAUAGUUUUAAGACAGUAAUUUUAUGUAAGUUUCCUAUUUGACAUAUUUUAAUAGUCUUAAGUUUAUGUUAGGUUAAACAUUUAGUCAUAAGGCAUUUAAAUCUAUUCGUAUAGAAUUAUUCUUUGAUUUCAUUAACGAAUCCCGUCAAACCGGUAAACACUUUGUGCAAGCGCUCGUGAGAAAUCCUUCUGUUAAAUGAGAAAUUAGUUUUGUGUGAGUUUAUCAUAGAUCUCGUGUUCAGUCAUUUGUAGAUUACUCUAAUCGGAGAUUCGAGUACGAUUAGCGGAUAUUUUCGUAAAUGUAUACUAGAGCUUUUUGUAGCAUGAAAGAGUUCAGUGUUAGAGACGGGACUGAAAAUAUCUAGUUCGUUAACCUUAUCUGAUGGAUUACAGGACGCUGGCCGUACUGAAUUUUAUUCACGAUAUAUAUUAUAUAUAAAAUGUUUUAAAUAAAAUAAAUAUUUAAUUUUCAUAAUGUUUCAUUUAGUUAUAGGAUAUAUAUUUAUACUAAUUAUUGUGAGAGGGAAGCAUGUACUCUGCUGAAAUACGGUGUUUCAAUAAACUUUUAUAUCUAGCUUGGAAUGUUUGCACUUAUCUACGUACCAAAUUUCAAAUUUUUCAUGACUCUCAACUUUGUCUUUUGAAAAUACCUUUAAUCGAUUCAAACCUCCUACUAUUAAUCAAAUAUUGGCUGUUUGCAAAUUGUAUGUAGUGAAUUGUUCAGUGAUGCUUUGAGUGGUUAUUGUAAGGAUUACAGAACCCUUGUUUUAGGUCAACAAUGUUCAAAGAAAAAAGUUUCGCUAAUAGACAUACACCAUUCCUAAUCUUAAAUGUAAAGUUGUCAAAACUACCAAUUUGUUGCCUGUCCCUGUUUUCUGUAAUUUUUUUUUUGUUACACCAUUUAAUUUUUAUCCAGCUAUACAUUACCUUUACAUUUUUUAAGAAAAAUAUUUUGUAAUUUCAACUUGAUUAAUGUAAGAUGAGAUUAAAACAAAUCAUGAGGUAUUUGAAAAAUUGGUAGAAACUUUAAAAUUUCUCAAACGGUUCCAGUAUCAUAAUCAGCCAAAAUUCAUCAAAUGUGGGAAAAUAACAAUGGUUAAAAAAACUUUUCUGAAAUAUGAUAAACUGAUAUUUAAAUACAAUAACAAUUUUAACUAAGUACAAUAACUAAGUAAAUUUGUGUUAAUAAAAAUAGCUCGAUAGUUUAAUUUUUUUCAAAAAAAUUAAACUCUCAAUAAGCAAAACGCCACUACCAAGUAUGUAUCACAAAAUCUUUAAGUUUUAGAGGGAUUAAAAAGUCAAUUUGUUCAUCAACUGAAUGAUUUGCAACAGCACUGGUUAUCAAAGUUAAUACAAUCUCACUGUUAAGCUCAUUUCAAGCUAGAUUUGUCUUGGAGAUGCUGAGAUUGAUUCCCAGCCCUGGGAUCUGUAAUUGUUGAGUUUGUGGUUGAGUUUAUCAAUAAGUACAAAAUAUUACUAUUAGUAGUGUUAUGUUUGCUGUCUAACAUUUUUGUUGGUAGAUUAUCGAUUAGUUACUAACUGUUUCUUAUGUGCUAAGUAAAUUAAUUUUGUAAGUUUUUUGUUUUUGUUCUUGUUCUUGGUUGUUAAUCUAUAGAUUUCUUACAAGUCCAUACAACCAAGGCCCCACUAGAAAAAAACAGGCCAUGCUGCAGCAUGGGCAGCGCAACACUACGUCACAGUGGUGGAUAAUUGUACUAAACUCUUACAAACAGCCAGCUUGUUUAUUUACUUAAAACAUAUGGGAAUGGUGAUGGCAAUGAACUUAUCAAUGAAAUCUAUCCACUAGUGUGACGUCAUGGAUCCUGCAGCAUGGCCUGCUUUUUCUAGGGGGGCCUUGAUACAACUCUUAAGGCCACAUUUUUGUUUUUUGACAAACUGUUAUUGAAAAGAGGAUACAUGUAUAUGAACUCAUAGAGAAGGUAUCUAAUGUAUGUCCAUCCAUAAAAGGUGUAACACCAUAAUUUUGCAUUUUGAAAUCUGCCAUGUACUUUUUGCACACUUGUAAGCUAGAUUAUACUGAUUUGGGAUUUUUCUAUUUGAGCAUAUAGUUUUCAACUAACUCUUCACCAGUUUAUCUUAACAGAUAAACAACUAGAUUCAAUAAAGUCAUACUUAUUAUUUGUGAAAUCAAUUUGCUUGUAUUUCCAUAUUCAAGUGUUCUGAGCGUUUGGUGGCUGUUCGUUAGUAAAGACGCCAAACAAAUUAUAUUGUUUUAAAAAUUCUAACUAAACUCCUUUACAAUAAAUUAAAGUUUUUGGGACCAUCGUUUAGGCCUAAUGAUGAAAGUUUAUUUUCAUACAUACACAAGUUCUCUUUCAAAAGUGAGUCAACAGUCAAUUUUCCAUUUAAAGCUCCUUUUACAGAAAAUGUUAAGGUUAAAUUGCAUUGAUCUAUUACUAUUUAUUUGUGAACUAUUUUUUAUAAAUUAACUGAAAUAUACAAAUUGCAUUGUAUUUGGUUUUAAUUGUAGAAUAAUUGAUUUGUUGUCAAAGACUUGAAGUAUAUUUUUAAAAGAUUUCAAGUUUCUGUAAAAAUCAAUUUAAAAAAUAUAUUUUCUGUUGUGGCUGGACUACUUCUUUUGGAUUUGUAGGAACGUUGUAGUUUAGUAACUCCAUAAUGCAAUUCUUGCUUGGAUGUGUGAACUUUCAACAUCUUCUAAUUCAGGAACUUGUCUAUUAACAGUAUUAACAAUGGCUUUCUCCCAUAAAUCAGUAAUAACUUUAUGAUAAGGGAAUACAUUUGUAAAUCUUUAUAUUUGUUAAUCUAGUCAUUCAUUACACUUUUAUUUUCAACACAAAAUAUUUUGAUUGAAUCUUUUAGUGUAAACCUAACAUGAGACGCCUUAUUCUUCAUAACCAAAUUUAAACCAUAAGGAUUCUGCAGAUAACUAACAACUGCGAAAAGAUGAGAUUCGUUUUUAUCUUAGUGCUCUAAAAAAAUGCUCACUCAACUUAUUUCCAUUACUGUUACAACAUUAAUUUUCUUGGAUAAAUGGCUUAUGCUAAAUUUUAUGAACUCUUUAGUUGUUAAAUCCUACGAUAAAAACAAAUGAAAUUGUAUUCAAUCCCUAGUCAUGUAAUAAAAAGGAUUCAACGUUUCUAUGAAACUGAAUUCUUUAUUAAAUGUUUUACGCAACAAUUUUUAAAUCCCCUUACAAGUGGUUCACAUUUUGAACAUAUCUCGCAUCUACACCUAAUGGGACUUGGUAGUUUAUUUUUGGAACUGAUCUGAACUAAAUAUCAAAUUUUCCUACAGGUAAAACAUUUUUCUCACUUCAGCAUUGCGCUUAUUUCUUUCUCUGCUUCAUGAGGAGAUGAAAUGCUACGCCAUCUAUCUAGCCUUUGCUGGCAAAAUGUGUGUAUCAUGUAAAAUAAGUAAGAUUAGCGAUUCUUACUUUAGAAUAAUCAAAAUGGCCUACUAAAGAAAACAAAUGUUUUUUAAACAUAGUUUAAAAUGUUGAAAGCGUGUUGUAUUUUACAGUUUAUUUUUGCCGUUAUGUUUUACCGCUUUUUAACAACGUAGGAGGUUUUAAAACAAGACUCAGCAAAUUGUGAACUCGGUGUGUAGGAACUUAUAUUGGUUAUAUGUAUAUAUAUUACCAACCCCUUGUGUGCAUUGAUCGCCCCUGUCUAACUCCCCGAAACAAAUAUCAUUUGAGAAUCAUGUAAAAUACAAAAUAAAAGUAUAAAUUGUAA